UUCUCCCCCGAUAAGCCCCCCAAGCCACUGACUCUCUCCCCCUUGAAAACCCAGUGAGAUCUUGAUGAAAUUUCUCCUUCUUUCUUGCUUAAUCACAAGAUUUGGGGCUUAGAAUUCUCUCCCUCAACCCAGAAAUCCCGGAUCUGCUCUGCUUCUUCCUCCCUUGUCCGUCGGGUUCUGCUGGGUUUGAAUCCUUCGGCUUUUUCUGCCGUGAGUUUCCCUUGAAUUUUCUGCACAUGCCGCCGGCCUCCACCCCAAACCCGCCAGCUCCGACCUUGCUCAUUGAAUUCCGGUAUGGACAGCUCCUCUAAGUCCAGAUUUUACCCCUUUAAUUGCUGCCUUGUGUGUGUCCAAAAUUGUGCUGGAAGUGGGAGGGAUUCCGGUAGCUUUUAGUAGCAAUUAAAUGUGUUUUAAGCUUGAUUAUGUAAAAUUUAGCUUGAAUUAGCUGCUGUGAUGUUUUAUGUGAGAAAUCCCGUGUGUGUGUGAGUUGUGAUUUGCCAAGUCAUGCUCUUGUGUGAUGUCCGAGAGAAAAGGGGAGAAUCCCAUGAAUUGGUCAUUUUCUGUCAAGGCCGGUUCUCCCAAAUUCCUGUCCAUUAGUUGAGAAAUUGUAUAUCUGUAAUUGUGUAAUUGUGUAUACAUAGAUAUUAAUUGGGAACAUUGUGAUUAGGUCCUUGAUUGUCCUGUGGCCUUAGCACUGGGAUUAGGCUUUCUGUCCUGUGUAAUUAAGGUAGUGAGACCCAACGCGUGGGAAGCCCAGGGGAGUGAUGAGCUAGACGGCUAGGCACUUUUGGACUUAGGUUUUUGUAGCUAAGCCGUUAGUCACCCAUGCUUGACAUAGAAAAUUUUGUGUACAAAAUUUAGUGUUAGUCAUGAUUGUAUAUAUGAAGUGAUAAAUUUUGUACAUUCGACUGGUAACUAUUUGUCAAAAUUGCUUUUUGAGCAAAAAUGGACAAUCAGGAUUACUUUGAAAGCUAUGUUUCGGACAGUCAACCUGAUAUUGACAGUCAACCAAACUUUGAUAUCCAAAUGGAUAGUCAACCAUACUUUGACAGCCAAAUGGAUAGUCAACCAUACUUUAACAGCCAAAUGGACAGUCAACCAUAUUUUGACAGCCAAAUGGACAGUUAACCAUACUUUGACAGCCAAGAUGUUGGCAUAAUUUCUUUUUCUUUUUCCCUCUCAUAACUUUUUAAUUCAUGUUGGUACAUAUAUACCAUUUACUAACAUAUUACUUAAUUUAAUGUUAAUUUACAUAGGAAUUGUUGAAGAUACUACUAAAUCAUUAUGGGAUUG